ACCAGUUAGACAGGAUAGAUGAUCAUUUCUGUCUUUGACCUCUCGGAGGAGGCGGGCAGGGAAAUGAAUAAGAAAAGUUUCAGACAUGAAACUUUUCAAAGGACGAGCCGUUCAGCAGACAUGGCCUCAACUUGCAGCAUCCUGUAUGAAGAACAGGUCCUGUGUUCAAUCUGUCUGGGUGAGUUCAAUGAGCUCGUCUCCACUCCGUGUGGACACAACCUCUGCAAGGCCUGCAUCACCCAGUCCUGGAACAAAAAGUCAGUCGGUCAGAUUGAAGAAACACUCAGAAAUGAGAUGGAGAUGCUGAUCCAAAAACUUAGGUCGUCUGAUUCUUGUGAGGCCCCUACACAGUCACACGCAGUCGAAAAUAUGACGGAUAACAAUUUUCUACCUGAGCUGUGGAGUCAGCCUCAGGACGAGCUGAUGAAGAUCCAGCAAUCCAAUGCAGUGGACCUGACUCUGGACCCCUACACAGCCAGCAAUUGGCUCAAGGUGUCUGACGAUGGGAAGCGACUGACCUUUCGUGGACGUCAGCAGAUCUUCUCCUCUUUCUUUGGCAGGCCAUUUAAGUACCUUCCUUACAUACUGGCAAAGGAGGGGUUUUCGUCAGGCAGGUUCUACUAUGAAGUCCAGGUCGGCAGCUGUAACAGAUGGCUCUUAGGAGUGGUCAAAGAGUUUAUUAACAGAGAGAUUUACUCCAUUCCUACCCCUGAGGAUGGGGCGUGGAUAUUAAACACACCGAGCAACAUGUUUCUGAACCAAAUUCAGACCGUCGGGGUGUUUGUUGACUACGAGGAGGGUAAAGUCUCUUUCCACGAUGUGGAAGCCAGGUCUGAGAUAUGCACAAUUACAGGGGGUUCAUUCAAGGAGACAACAUCUCUUAGAUCAUUUCUUUCCUCAGUGGCAGGUAUUUCUUCCAUUCACAGACCAAAAAUAUACCCUGUAUUUGGAAUAUAUAAUUAUUAUUAUGGGGCUAGUCUUGUUAUCACCUCUGUAUGCAAACCUUAAGCUACAGUAAGAGGUAAGGGAAAACCUAUCUGACUAUAAAGUUCAGAAUAAUGUGAAUCAUUCUCUUAUUUUUGCCAGAUGGCCUAUCAGUCUGAAAAUGAGUCGCUGUUUGUUGUGCAUUUUCUGCAAUACUCAAAUCUGACCACUAAGUGGCACUAAUGUUUAAUAAAUAUUCAACUCCAUUACUAAGGCAUCAGUUCAUCGGAUCUCUCACAGCUUAGGAACAAAUAACAAAUAUCUGCAGAUAAAGAAUAGAUGAAGAUCACAAGCUUUUUAUUUAACCAGACUAAUAUUACAGAUAUUUUUUCUCCACACUAUAGCCACAAACCUUAAUGCAUUUUUUGGAGAUUUCAGGUGCUGGAUUAAAACAAAGUGUGACAUGGAUUUCUUAUUGGGACAGAGCUACCUCUUUCUGUGCAAAUACAUGUUUACACGCUUGCUGUUAUUCGCAGAUUUUUUCUGCACACUUUUUAUUUCUAAAAACAUUUCUGCUGUUAUUUGCACCUUUUUUUCCUCUCGCUUUGUGUAG